AACCCGGAAAUAGUUACUUUUACGUGAUCAAUGUUUGUGUCUGCAAACGAGCUCUGAUACCACCCAGCAAUGCUACCCCAACCUCUUAUGUGUGCUUUUCGUGGCACACUGAAGAGUUGGCGACACCGGGCUGUCAUAAAAGCUGCUUUUGGGGCGUUUGACUUCGGCAAAUGCCGUUGGUUGUCUUCGCCAACAAGCAGAGCCGUUUCUGAUAUGGAGGAAAUUUUGGCGAGAGUCGUGUCACCUUUACCCACAUACGAAACAAAAGAGAAAUCUCCCCCUCCUCCAGAAGCCAACAGCUUGGAGUUCAUGCAUUUCUACAGAAGUCUCGACAAGGGAGAUAAACUAGAUUUCCUGGCGAGGCUGUCACGUGACUUUGGAGUGGAUCAUAAAAGUGUUUCGGAGUUCGCUGGGAAGCUUCUGCACACCCAACUCAGGGACUUGGCGACCAUUUUGCAGGUUGAGGAUAGACUUCGAUACAGCUUGACACCCCGCUAUAAACAGUUACUUAACCACAUAAGCAGGGUGGAAGGGGGAGUGAAGUUUCUUGUGGACCUUAGAGCCGACGUGCUUGACAUCGUCUCAUCAAAAAGUAGCGAGAGCCCGGAUUUGAGGGACCUGAAUGGAACUCUGAAGAGCUUGCUGUCCGAAUGGUUCUCUGUAGGUCUGCUCAAACUAGAGCGGAUCACUUGGCAGUCACCCUGUGAGAUCCUCCAAAAGAUCAGCCAGUAUGAAGCGGUGCACCCUGUUAGGAACUGGGCUGAUCUGAAGCGCAGAGUGGGGCCAUACCGUCGUUGCUAUGCCUUCACCCAUGCCGCCAUGCCCGGGGAGCCUCUGGUCGUGCUGCAUGUUGCCCUCACAGAAGAAAUCUCAGACAACAUACAGAGUAUUGUUCGGGAAAUUUCCAUCCUUGACCUGGAAGAGGAUGUAAACAAGGUGAAUGCAGCGGUCUUCUACUCCAUCUCCUCCACCCAAACUGGUCUACAAGGUGUUGAGCUGGGAAACUAUCUCAUCAAGAGGGUGGUCCGGGAACUGCAGAGUGAGUUUCCCCACCUGGCCCAGUUUUCCAGCCUCUCCCCAAUUCCAGGCUUCUCCUUGUGGAUCCAAGGCCUCCUCAGCCAAUACCGAAAAGAAGGCCGUGGCUUGGACCUCUUAUCUGAGCAAGAGUGGCAGGAAGUGGAGCAAGUCACUGACUUAACCCCAGGCACCAAUGCCAUAGAUGCCCUCCGCAAGUUAAUAACCACAAGCGAAUGGAUGCGUUCGGAGCGUCUCUCUCGUUUCCUGGAGCCUGUCCUGAUGCGACUCUGUGCCUGGUAUCUUUACGGGGAGAAGAGGCGAGGUUAUGCACUGAACCCAGUGGCCAACUUCCACCUUCAAAAUGGUGCUACCAUGUGGCGGCUUAACUGGCAUGCUGACACGAGCCCAAAGGGCGUGACAAACUCCUGCAGCAUUAUGGUGAACUAUCGUUACUUCUUGAAUGAGACAUCAAAGAACGGCGCGCUCUACCUGCAAAAGAAAGUCAUCACGGCAUCGGAUCAAGUUCUCGGAUUGGUGUCGCAGUUUCAGAAGAACAGUAAACUCUGAAAAAGAAACUAUUUGCAAUUGUCCAUAUGACAGCGUACGUAGUGCAUACAGUUAUAGCAACACCCACCUGAUAAAACAAUCUUGUUUGGUUGAGGGACAGCUUGGUGAGCAUCCCUUAGAAGCCAUCUGUUAUUUGAAGUACAUUCGUAAGUUUUUUUUUUUUUUUUUGCAUCUGGUUGGCUUACUUGAUGAUGAGAGCCUGCAGCUAAUGAAGGGUCCUACAUCUUUAUACAUUUUAUCAGCAUGCACGUUAUGGUGAAGUAGGAGCAAUGAAGCUGUGCAGCUACUGGAAUAAAUGACACUUAGUCGCAUUGUCUCUUAGAGAACAAUAGGGGAGCGCAUUGGUUUUCUUUUUUAAGACUACAAACACCUGCCUUUAUGCUCCACAUACUUCACGUGGUCACAUUUUAAUUCAAUCUGGAACUCUUCUCGAGAACCCAGACAAAAGAGGCUUUAUCAUUUUCCACUUCAUGGAUCGCCUCAGAUGUUACUGGUGCUAAAUGUCAUUGCAACAUCUCGGGCUUUUAUGAUCUGGUCACUGUCAAACAAAAAAAAUGUCUGUCGUCAAUGUAAUAAAAGUAAUCUGUCCAUAUAA